AUGGCACCAGAACCAUCGGCAUCGCCGCAAGCCAGACGAAGGACACGUGCGAACAGAGAAAAUCAAUAUUUGUUCAACUUGGGAGUUAAGGGAAGAAAAACUGGUGUGACUCUUCCGGAUACCGGAAUUCGCGAUGCAAAUGGCUUGGAGCCAAUGGAUGAUCUUUUCUCUCCAGAUAAGCCGGAAAGUGUGAAGACAGGCAGGCGCGCAACCGAAACACGAAGAGACGCGCUGGAAGACGCGACAAUAUCUAGUGAGGAGGAUAUGGAUAUGGAUGGGGAAAAUACAGCCCCAGAGCCUACGGAAGUCCUAAACCAACGAAAGCAAGAUGCACGAAUCGCCAUACCUAUACCGAGAUCGAGAUCCCCCCUCAAGACAGACCUACUGUCGCCAGCCCGUAGAAAUCCAUCGUUUGGCAUAUCUUCCCCAGCUAAAGGAGGAUCUAGUGAAGCCGACGACACAGGACCUGUUCGGAGAAAGUUGGACUUUUCGACUGAAGAUAUGGAAGUUGAAACGAAGGAGACAGCUAAUGCCAAUGUCAAUGCUUCCAAGGGACGAGGAAGACCAGGACGCCCAGCGCUAGGCAAUCUUACGAAUGGCACUCGACUUUCGCCUGGAAGACGUCUUCAACCAAAUAUAAACCAAGGUAGUGAUGCCGUGGAAGAUCAAGAUGAGAGUGCGUUGCAGUUUGAGGAAGAUUCAAAUCAGUACAAUGCUCCAGAUGACGACGAAGAUGACGCUGCGGUCGAUGCGCUUGAGGGAAAUUCGGAUAUAGGAGAAGAUGAGGAGGAGGAAGCAGAGGUUCAACAAGAAGAUGAACCGGAAGUAGAACCAGAGCCUUCCCCGCCUAGAAAACCAGCGAGCAAGAAUAAUGGGAAAGGCAAGGCGAUCGAAGAGCCAGAAUCAGAACCGCCUGCGCCGAAGCGUAGAGGUAGAAAGCCGAAAAAUCCGGCUCCUCAGGUUGAGCCUGUGGAGGAAGUACAGGUAGAAGAAGCUAAGGAAAGACCUGCGAAGAAAUCUCGACGCUCUACCGAAGCUGUCGAAGCUCCCAAACCUACAAAGGGUAAGCCUGGAAGACCCAGCAAUGCCACAAAUUCCACCACAGCAGCAAAACCAAAGGCAGCAGCGAAACCGAAAACUCAGCUUCGACCGACAAUCGCUCCGAUAUCUGAGGUCGAUUCGCCCCAAGUUCAUCGUGGCCCCCCUAUCCCUAGAAACAAUGGUCUUUUCAUCCUCCGACGCGAAUCGACAAUGGCAGGUAUGCCACGAACAAGAUCGGGCCGAAACUCAAUCAAGCCUCUCGCCUUUUGGAAGAAUGAACGGGUCACAUAUGACAGUAAGGAAACGGUACCAGAUGGAACUCACGGUGCCAAGAUUCUGUUACCUAGCAUUAAAGAGGUUAUCCGUGCAGAUGAAGUGGAGCAACAAAAGCAAUCGAGAUUGAGAUCUUCUAAACUCACGAAAAGCAAAUUGAAGAAGAGAGCGCGAGAGGAAGUGGAAGAUAAUUCGGAAGCAGAGGAAUGGGAAUCUGAAAUCGGUCGCAUUAAAGGUUCAGUACGAACCUGGGAUCCGGAAGAUCAAAUUGGAGAAAUUGUGGACGAGAAAGUGGAAGACCUCGCUUUUUCUUCUGCCGCAAUCAAGACUCGCGAUAUCGUAGAUGCUUCGUUUAAAUUUGCCAAAACCCUCACACUACCAUUUUUCGGUUCAGGUAUGGUCGACCUUGAACCUGGGGCUGUCAAAAAGCCAAAGAAUUCAAGGAAGAUGCAAAUGGUGUUCUUCGUUUUCUAUGGCCGAGUCGAAGUCGAAGUCAAUGGAACCUCUUUUAGAAUUGGCAAAGGUGGAAUGUGGCAAGUCCCUCGAGGUAAUUUCUAUAGUAUCACGAACGACUACGAUAAACCGGCGAGAAUCUUUUUCGCCCAGGGUUGUGAAGUGGACGACUCGGAAGGUGGCACUGCUCCACCAGCAAGUCAAUAA